ACUGCAUGCUCGUAGCCAUGUCUUGACAGCACCCCUGAUAGGGCGAGCAAGGGUCGGAGGUCCGUGGCCAUUGCUAAAGCCUCAUCUACGUGUACCAGCGCUGAUCAUCCCCGAGUGUUACUCUCCCGCCCAGGUGGCCCGCCCCCAGAGCUACAUCGUCCUGACAGGGCGCCCGGCGCCGUGGCAGGAAUGUCAAAUGGAACUGUCGACACUGCAAGAGGGGGGUGGAUAUGUUGCCUUCCCAGGAACAAGCGAGCAGUGCUCGUAGAGUUGGGCUGAGAGUGACCGAAGCUUGGGCCAUUCUUCCCCGCUGCCCGUGGUCAUCCAGUGGCCCAGUCCCCGUCGUUGACACGGCUGCAACCCUGGUCCAGAUGUCGGACUCCAAUCCACAUGUCAACAGGCACGAUGGCUGCUUCCCCACGAAUCACGAACCACGAACCACGAACCACGAGCCACUUGUUGUUCUCCCGUCCUGUCCUGUCCACAGCGUGAGAGCACUAGGAGCAGCCAAGAGGAAAGUCAACUUCUCGUACCUGAUUCCCCUGGCUGUGCUGAGCGAAUGGUGGGAGUUUGGCCUUUUCAGGAUGUGUGAACUCAAAUACUGGCAGGAAACAGGCGGACUGGAUCAUGGACAAGAACAUGAUGGUUUUCAUAGUCACAACUACUGCCAGAUGCGAGCACCGGUAGCCUGAAACGGAUACCGACAUUCACGCAUGGCCAUUUCCAGCCAUGGUGGGCUUUCGUAGAGUGGAAACUGAGAUAGGCGAGUGGGACAAAACGUUCUGUUUCUUCCGACCAUAAUUGCGAUGCCCUACCACCGGACCGAG